UGAUUAAUAAAAAUGAAAAGUGGUUCAAAAAAGUUUGAAGCGAAGACUCCGCGCGUAGUCAUGUAUGAAACAUGGCAUCCAUAAUUAAUUGCAUGCUGGGUCUUUACGUCGAAAGAGUAAUCUGGUCCCUUAAAGUCUCAAAACCCUUUAUGAAUCUGCGAGGGUACUUACGUAAUCUCAUCCACCACCCCCUUUAGCGUCUCAUCAACCUUAUAAAUCUCCGACACACCAAAACGCAUGCCACUCAACACACUGUGAAUGGACCAUCAACCCUGCCCCGAUGACGAUCUAACCGCCGCCACCACCGCCACCGCGAGGUCCGGCACGCGCCACCCCGUCUACCGCGGCGUCCGCAAGCGCCGCUGGGGAAAAUGGGUCUCCGAAAUUCGGGAGCCGCGCAAAAAGAACCGCAUAUGGUUGGGGUCUUUUCCGAUGCCAGAGAUGGCGGCUCGAGCGUACGACGUCGCAGCGUACUGCCUCAAGGGUCGGAAGGCGCAGCUCAACUUCCCCGACGAGGUGGACUCCCUGCCGCUUCCGCCGUCCCGCACGGCCAGGGACAUUCAGGCCGCGGCGGCCCAGGCGGCGCGCAUGAUGAAAGCGGCUGGCAGUGACGUGAAAAGCAGCAUUGCCGAUGAUGACGGAGACAGCGGCGGCGACGAUUUUUGGGGCGAGAUUGAGUUGCCGGAGCUGAUGGACGGCGAGUGCUGCUGGGGCUGCCCCGGGGGAUCCUCGUGGAUCACCUCCGGCGACAUCGCCGAUUGGACGGAGGAGGAGCUUUCGCCGCAGCAACCGUCGUUCCUGGCGUGUCUAUAAUCUGUAUCUGUAUUAAUGGUGUUCAGGGUUUGGUAUGUUUCUUAUUUAUAAAUUUAUAAAUAUGUUACUAUCAGUAUUACUACAUCGUAUAUGCCAACUGUUCCUGUUGUCAUAAACAAUAAUAAUUAUUAUCAUCAGUAGUAGUAUUAAUAUAUUUUCAUUGAAACUUGUCUUUUCUUAUCAUUAACUGCUUCCCUGUAUUUGGAUUGGUACA